AUGGAUUUCCCUCAAUUUUCUAAUUUGCCCACUGAAGUUCGACUCCUGAUUUGGUCGCUCUGUGUUCCAGGUCCCCGCGUCUACGAAAUGGGAACAGCGGCCCGGCGCGAGAACCACAACACCCUACCACGUACGGCUUCGCUAUGGUCCCCGCAGGCAGGCGUGACGCCAGUGGUGUCUCACGUCUGCCACGAAGCACGUCAAGUUGUGUUACAGAAUCGUCACUAUCUGAUGGACCAAGAUGAGCACCGGCCGCUCCCGCUGCGCAAGGGUAUUGACAUCGUGCACCUCAACUGGCAUCCCGGUUAUAAUGACCACGACUAUCUUCCCGACGUUCCAGAUCCCCUCCCAAAGUUUCGCUGGCUGGCUGGUCAAGCAGGCGCGGCCUCUGUCAGUGCCGAAUUACUGCAUCCCUUCAACUAUGAGGCUUGGGGAUGGUUCCAUGAAGAACACGAGAUCAGUGAUCCCAUAUUUCACAUCAACUUCCUUACGGGUCGUCAGUAUCAUGUCGUCUUGGCUAUCAUCGAGAUCCACAUGUCCGAGUACGCCGCUGCGGCCCAGACACAGGUUUUUGGGACACUGGGCGAGGAACCCAUUCAGCUGGUUGAUCCGCGAGACACAGCAACCAUUGUCAAGUUUCGAGACGCCUGGCGGACGGGGCAACACUUGGAUGAGCCAGAAAUCGCCAAGUUUUUUGCCACCGUCCUUGACUCAGCCGAGACCUUCGCCGCAAGCGUUCAGCAAUGGCUGCAGGAGCUCGAAAUGGCGUGGAUUUGGCACAGGUGCAACAUGCUGGGCGUCACAGAGCAGGGCCGCAAUGAGCUUUGGACGCCGGACCCCUCCGCUUGGUCAGGCGGACACAUACAACCACCGCCGCCCCAGCUAUUUCAAAUGCGCAAUAGAUGGGCCGGCAGGAAACUCAAUAGGGAAAGCCCCUUGGUACAGACCCAGCUCCAGCGGAUGCCGCGCUUUGUGCCGGCCCUGAUGUUCCGCCACUGCAAGUAUUGGCUUGGCCAACCAGGGUUCUCCAACUCCAUUAAGCUUUCCGUUGACAGGGGACAACCAUAUUCAAAUCAUGAAUCCCGUUACAGGGAUAUUUACACCCCUAAUCUCCGGUGCCAUCUUGGCAACUGCCCGCAUUGGCGUCGCCCAGCUCACCAGUCACCUGCCUAUGGCCACUGCACUCGUGCACACUACUUCAGCUCCCCGGAAGUCUCAGUGUCGAUGAAAAUGGCCGUUCGGAAUUUGGUUCUACUUGCCGCUGCCCUUGUGGGCAGCGGAAGCAACCCAGGCUCUGUUGCGUUGGCGGCUUCGUCCGGCGAUAUGGAGGCCAUGGAUGCCCAGCCCAACUACCCCUCUGAUCCGAACACGACGCCCUACUGCUCGUGGUGGUGGGACAACGAUGGCUCCAUCCCUUGUGAGGAUAUGCCUGACGCCUGGGGAAUUACCAUGGACGACUUUGUACGAUGGAACCCGUCCCUAGCUUCUGGCUGUGGCGCCUACAAGCAAUUCAUGUCGUACUGCGUUGAUGCUUCCGGCGAGCCCCCUGUAUCCACCACUGCCAAGCCUACCACGGUCACUUCCACCAAGAUUUCCACCACGAUGUCAUCUUCGGUGCGGACAAGCACCACGAGCACAAUGGUGACAUCAACAACUCGUCCAACCACCAGCAAUACGCUUACAACUCCCACCACCACGACCUCGACGAAGCCAACAAAUGGUAUCGCUACCCCGACCCCUAUCCAGCCGGGCAUGGUAGAAAACUGCGACGCCUUCUACCUGGUCCAGUCAGGGGAUAACUGCGAGGUCAUUGCGUCCAAGAACGGCAUCUCUGUGACGCAAUUUCUGACGUGGAACACGGACAUCGGCGGCAGCGCGUGUAACGGGCUGUGGGCCGAGGCGUACGUGUGCGUAUCCGUGAUCGGACACACGCCCGCGACACCAACCACGACCAAGCCGGGCAACGGGAUCGCCACGCCCACGCCCACGCAGCCCGGCAUGGUCGACAACUGCGACGCCUUCUAUAAGGUGGCCAGCGGGGACAACUGCGACGUCAUUGCGGCCAAGAAUGGAAUCACCACCAGCCAGUUCCUACAGUGGAAUACGGAGGUCGGCGGCACGGCGUGUAACGGCCUGUGGGCCGAGGUCUACGUCUGCGUCUCGGUCAUCGGCCACACGCCCACGCCCACGACGUCGAAGCCCGGAAACGGCAUCGCGACUCCGACUCCAACACAGCCGGGGAUGGUGGCCAACUGCGACGCCUUCCACAAGGUGGUUAGCGGCGAUAGCUGCGCAACCAUUGCGAGCAAGAACGGCAUCACGGUCACGCAGCUGGCAGCGUGGAAUGACGUUGGCGGCACGUCGUGCCCGGGGCUCUGGCUCGACGUUUACGUGUGCGUGUCCAUCGUUGGGCACACGCCAGCUACACCCACCACGACGCGGCCUGGCAAUGGAGUGGCUACCCCGACCCCGACUCAGAGCGGCAUGACGCCCAAUUGCAAGUCUUUCCAUUUCGUCGCGACCGGUGAAAACUGUGCCACUAUCGCGUCCAAGUACAAAAUCUCCACGACCCAGUUCAUCAACUGGAAUCCCGCAGUGGGAUCCGGGUGCGCGGGGCUCUGGGCGAAUACGUAUGCUUGUGUAGCCGUUUUGUGA